CCCCUUCCUUCUCCAUCCGUUUCCCUUCCUACCCUUCCCGCCGUCCGGUUUGAAUCGCGGCGGGAAGGCGGGUGGGUGCCCUGGGGGGGUCGGUGUCCCCGCGGGCGGGCGGUGGGGCCGGCGGCCGCCAUUUUCCUCCCUGAGGCCCCGGGCCGGGCCUGGGGCUCCCGCCUAAGGGGAGCGGCAGCUGUGGAGCUAAAGUAAAGGUGUAUUGAGACACAGAAAGUGGGUUUGUGUUGGUAUCCUCGGGUAACUGUCACCGUCUUCGGCAACUGUAUCCUCAGUUGUGUGUUUACUAGCUUAUAUCGAACAACGAAAUGUCCUCUAAGAAGAAAAGGAAGAGAAGUCAUUCCAGAAGUAAAUUAAAGGAACACGAAGCCAGCUCCCGUUCUCGCUGGAAAUUGCUAAUGCCAGAGGAACCAGAUGUCUCCAGGAUAUUGAAGGUGGCAGAAGCGAAUCAACUCGAGGAGCUUGAUGAUUCGUUUGAUCACCCGUUGCACAGUACCGCUGUGGGCGCUUACGGAGAGGAGCAAUCGCAACAUGAGCAGCUUGGUCGUGUUUCAGCUCUCCAGAGGAAAAAGGCAGAAAGAAGUAAGAGUCUGCAUCACUCGAAAACAUCUGGUGGUGACACUCAGAAACGGAGCGCGGCUGAUCCUGAACCCCUUAAGGAGAACACGAAGGCCCUGAAUACUGCUCAAACUCCAGCAAAAAAGAAGCAGCGGCCUUUGGAGGCCAGAUCAGAGGACAGGUCAUCAGAGGACAAAUCGUCCGAGGACAGGUCAUCAGAGAACAAAUCUUCAGAGGAUAGAUCAUCAGAGGACAAAUCAUCAGAGGACAAGUCGUCAGAGGACAGAUCAUCAGAAGACAAAUCAUCAGAGGACAAAUCAUCAGAGAACACAGCAGAUCCUUCUGUGACUAGCUCGUGCUCUGUAGAGGUUUGGUGUCCCAAAGAGCUGAAGAGAUCUUCCAGAGAUAUUACAGAGCUGGAUGUUGUUCUGGCUGAAUUUGAGAAGAUAGCAGCAAAUUACAGACAAAGGAUAGAAUCAAACGUUGGCAGAAAAGCCAUCAACGGCUUCUGUUCAGCUUUCAAGGACCAGAUCACCGACCUGAUAAGGGAGAUCCAGGGGUUAAAGAAUAUGAAGAAGAAAAAUGCUAAGGUUAUAACAGACAUCAAAAAGAAAAGGCAGCGACUGUUGCAGCUCAGGGAAGAACAAAUUGGGGCUGAACGGCAACUGAUGCAGCUGCAAAGAGAAUGCGCCGAGUUGCAGGAGAGGAAAUCUUCCUUGAGGCAGGCAACUGAGUUACUUACUGAUUUAAAGGACUUACAGCAGGACUGUUUGAAUUAUAGAGAGGAAAACCCAAAACAAAAAGUGGUCUAUGGAACUGCCAGCCUCCCUGCUCUUCUGGUGGAGUCACGGGGAAUUCUUGGAGCAGAAAGACACUUCCAGAACAUUAAUAAGAAAUUGGAAAAGGCUCUGGCUGCACAAAGAGGGAAGUCACCAGAGAAACAUUAAGUCGUUUUAAUAGAAUUAUGGACAUUCGUUAGGCACAACUAUUAGAACAGUCAUUGCUUAAAGCUUGUUUAAUCAUUGUUGCUGUAUUUUGCCUCAGUGUUUAGAAGAAGUCAGUGACUUCAUCAGAUAUUGUCUCCUGUUGUCAAAUAGUCAGAACAUCAGUGAGAUUAAUGAAACAGCAAUUCCAGGUAAAGUAGUAAAACUUUUCUGUGCUCUGUUGACAGUGUUGGGUUUUAGUCUUGGGCUAGUAAUGUGACCUUGAAAGCAAGAUAUACUUUUAAAAGAGAACGCAUAGACAGUGGUUGAACUAUUAAUAGAUAAAUAUUUUUAUUACAUUUGUAUUUGAAAUAAAAAAUUUCCUCCCGUUU